CUUUCAUCGAUCCCGGAUCUCAACCACCAUGGCUUCCAUUAUCAACAUCAUGAACACGGCUCCGCCGGACGAUACGUCUAACAGGAAGCGUCUGAUCCGCGAUAGUCUCGUUGAGUUCUUGGCGACGACUGUCUUUGUAUAUGCCGGUACCCUGUCAGCUUUGUCAACCGGUCGCACGCUCGUUGGUCAGGGUGGUUCCGAGGAUGUUGCACGAAUCUUGCCCAUUGCCAUGUCUUUCGGCAUUUCGAUCCUGGCUCUGGCACACUCCAUUGGUCACCUCACUGGUGGUCAUAUGAACCCAGGAGUAACCUUUUUGAUGUUUCUACGUCGUCAAAUCUCGGCCACCAAGAUGGCAUGCUACAUGUUCUGCCAGUUUCUCGGUGCUCUUCUCGCGAGUUCGCUCGUUUGGGGGAGUACCGCCAAGCUCGAGAGCUUUGGCGAUGCUGAUUCUGUCACUCGACCUCCGUUUGACCUUGGAUCAACUACGGUUGACGGAAGCAUUUCUACCGGCAACGCGUUUCUGCUCGAGUUCAUGGGUAGUUUCUUCUUCUACUUUGUGAUCGCCCAGACUGCGCUCGAUAAGCGUGGAAUUGCCACCUCGAUGUUUCCUGCCAUUCCAAUCGGGCUCAUUUUGGUUGUCGUCCACAUUUGCCUGAUCCCUUUCACCGGAUGUGGCGUCAACCCUGCUCGUACGUUUGGACCUUCUAUGGUUGUGUGCAUGGUCGGAGACCGCUGCUCGGAUGUCGUCGGAAGCUGGUAUUGGAUCUACUAUGUUGGACCUUUCCUUGCUGCAUUUGCCGUCGCCGAAGUAACAAUGUUGAUUGACACGGAUGUUGAAGGCGAUCAGCAGGUUAGUGGAGACAUGGGAGCCAAGCAUCAGAAGGAUGAUACCGAUGAGGAAAACGCCGCGCCUCAGGCCUGA